AUGACCCUCCAACCCUUGGCGCUGCAACCCACCACUAGGCAUGCUAUGGUCAUACGGCGUUACUAUUCAGCGCCAGCUACCGAAAAAGCCAGGAAGGCUUCAGGUCCCUUGAAGGGUGUGACGAUUUUAGAUCUGUCGCGGGUCCUCGCCGCGCCAUUCUGUACACAAAUUUUGGCCGACUAUGGCGCGGAUAUCAUCAAGGUUGAAGCUGUCGGCAAAGGGGACGACACAAGACACUGGUUGUUACCAGGAGAACAGGCAAAGUGGAAGAAAGAUGUCGGGCCAAUGUCAACCUAUUUCUCAUCCAUCAACCGGAACAAGAGGUCCCUUACACUUGACCUGAAGCAUCCCAAAGGAAAAGAGAUACUCAUGAGGCUCGCGAGAGGGGCUGAUGUAUUGGUCGAAAACUUCAAACCGGGAACCAUGGACCGCCUGGGGCUUGGGUACGACAAGUUGAAGGAACAGAACCCAGGACUAAUAUACGCCAGCGUUUCCGGCUACGGAACCACCGGCCCUUACGCCAGGCGCGGCGGGUACGAUCCUAUCGCUGGAGCCGAGGCCGGGCUAUUACAUCUGACAGGCGAACGCAACGGCCCUCCAGUGCGCCCAGGUCUCGGGAUGGUGGACAUGGCAACGGGCCUCUACAUCCACGGGGCGAUUUUAGCAGCGCUGCACGCCCGCGCGCGUGACGGCAUAGGUCAGAGAGUAGACGCCUCCCUGUUCGAGACGCAAAUCAGCCUGCUCACCAGCGUUGGGCUCUCGUGGCUCAACCUGGGCGCGGAGGCCGAGCGAUGGGGAUGUCAGCACCCGAGCAUCGCGCCGUACGACGCAUUCCAGACGAAGGAUCUGUACCUCGUCUGCGGCGCGACCAACGACGCCCAAUUCGCCGACCUCUGCAAGCUCAUCGGGCUAGACUCCCUUGCGAUCGACGAGCGCUUCUCGACCAACCCAAAGCGGGUGGAGAACCGUGACGAGCUUGGUCCCCUGUUCAAUGCUGUCUUCAAGACGAAGACGACGGCCGAGUGGAUCGAGGUUUUCACGGGGUCUGGCCUACCAUUCGCGCCGAUCAACAACAUGGAGAGGACGUUUGCGCAUCCGCAGACACAGGCGAGGGACAUGGUUGCCGAGAUGCCGCUGGGCUCGGCGGUGUCCGGCAAGUUCCGUCUCAUCGGCCCUGCGGUCAAGUUCAGCGAAACGGCGCCAAGCAUUCGAAGUGAGCCGCCGCGUCUCGGUCAACACACAUCGGACGUGCUAGCUGAGUUGGGAAUGGACGCUGGAGAAGUGGAGGCGCUAAAACAGGAGGGUGUUGUGUGA